GGAAGCCGUGCGGCCGGUUCCACACUUCUCCUCAACCUGGUGACUGAGAAAGAGCCGCGGGUCCGUAAUCUGAUAUGGAAAUGUUUCGUAAAAAUGCACCACCUGCUCCCCAAACUGGAGGAGUUGCUGAAAGCAAUGGGGGAAAAAAGUUCUGAUCUGAUCGAAUCGUUCAACAAUGACAUGAAGGCUUCCUCGGAACUAUCUGCUCAUCUGAAAGAUGUUCAGCAGAAGCACAUGGAGACAUUGAAGGCACAGACUGAAAUACUGAGCGUGAACACCAUCCUGAUGAAGGAGAAGGUUAAGGUUUUCCAGCUGCUUGAUCGAUACGCCAAGCUCACGGUCAUCUCCACUGUUCGAGAUCGGACACUGGUGGAACAUGAGCUGCUGGCAAGAGGCCGGUACCAUGAAGAGUGGAGAGAGGAACAUCUCGGGGGAGAGUUUGAAAAAAUCCGAACUGAUCAGUUAUUCCAGAACGUUUCGGCGAGCAAAUCCAAAUCUGGGAAUUCGUCUGCCGUGGCCGGAGUCCCGGGGAUCGGAAAAACAACAAUGGUGCAAAAGAUUGUUCAUGACUGGGCCACGGGGAAAAUAUACCAACAAUUCCAGUUUGUCUUCAGUUUCAAAUUCCGGGAUUUAAACACAAUUAAAGACAGAAUAAACCUGAGGGAACUGAUUCUGGAGCAAUAUCCUUACUUUGAGAAUAUGCUGCGGGAGGUCUGGAAGAACCCAGAGGGAUUGCUGUUUAUAUUCGACGGUCUGGAUGAAUUCAAGGGCAGAAUCGAUUUUGCUGACAGUCGGAGAGACACCGAACCUAAGCACCAGUGCCCAGAUCCCGAGUGGUGGUGUGAAGUGUCUGACAUUGUGUACAGUUUAAUCCAGCACAAGCUGCUCCCAGGGUGUUCAGUGCUAGUGACCCUGCGUUACAUUUACUGAAAAAGGCAGCGAUCAGUGUCUGGGCUGAAAUCCUGGGAUUUGUUGGUGAGGAACGGAAGGAAUAUUUCACCAGGUAUUUUGAAGAUCAGACGGUGGCAGCAGCUGUU